AUGGACCCAGCUACUCAAGGCAGUGGUCCACAGCAGGGCAGACAGCAACAGCAGCCACCUGUAUAUGAUGUUAGAAAUGGUGGACACUAUGGUGCCAGUGCAGCGCUAGCUGCACAUGGUUACGCGCCCCUUGCUGAGUUAUAUACCGGGACCUGGGCCAAUGUGAACCAAGGCUUGCAAGGUACCGCCCGUGAUAUCUUGACGACCUAUUGGCAGCAUGUCAUUAAUCAUCUCGAGACCGAUAACCACGACUACAAAAUCCAUCAGUUACCGCUUGCCCGGAUCAAGAAGGUGAUGAAAGCCGACCCAGAGGUCAAGAUGAUUUCUGCUGAGGCCCCGAUCUUGUUCGCCAAAGGCUGUGACAUCUUCAUCACAGAGCUGACCAUGCGCGCGUGGAUUCAUGCCGAGGACAACAAGCGACGCACAUUGCAACGCUCGGAUAUUGCGGCGGCUCUCUCCAAAUCAGACAUGUUUGAUUUCUUAAUUGAUAUUGUCCCUCGUGAAGAGUCGACCUCCCAUGCCAAACGAUCCAGCCAAGCUGGUGCUCCGGGGCCCUCUGCUACCCCAGGCCAGAUGCCGCAGUCGCAACAUGCUGUUCCAGCUCACAUGGGUCCCGCGGACUAUGGUGCCCUUGGUCAGCAUGGAAUGCCCCAGGAUCAGGACUAUCGUCCGCAGCCUACCAUGUACCCCGGAGCAGUCCAGUCGGACCCCACUGCUGCAUAUGGCCAACCACAAGGCCAGAUGUUCGAAGGGAUGUAUGCUGCUUACCCGCAUUUGCCCCCUCAGCAGUGA